GGGCUGUUAAUCGUCCAUAUUCAGAAUCCUUAGCUUUAGCAAAAUCAUUAGUUGAACAAGGUGAAUUAAAACCAUCAGUGGAUAAGAAAACUUAUGGACAGUAUAACAAUGGAUUAGAAGAUAUUGUAAAAGCAUUAGAUUAUUAUGAUAAAGAACAUCCAAUUGGUAAAGUUAUUAUUAAAAUAUCAGAUCCUGUUUUUAGUUUUUCAGAAAGAGAAUGA